AUGGAUGGUAAUUCAUUGAAGAGUCAAGCAUUUGAUGAGCCACGUCGAAAGUUAGAUUUUGACACCGAAAUAUAUGUUCAAAAAACAAGCCAACAAAUAGAUGUCCAAGAAGCAAGUCAACAUGUAUUGGUCAAUGUAGAUGAGAAUUUAGAUGAAGAGCCAGAACUAGGUAUGGAGUUUUCUUCUGACGAGAGUGCAUUUCAGUUUUACAAUCGGUAUGCUAAGAAUACAGGGUUCAGUGCUCGAAGGGGAUGGGUGAAGAAAGCAGAUGAUGAUACCAUCAUACUUAAGAGAAGAUUUUGUUGCUCUAAAGAAGGUAAAAAACGUGACAAAAAACAAGGUGAGCCUCCAAAAUUUAGGCGUCCGAUUACAAGAACUAAUUGCCUAGCAUCCAUGAUGAUUAAGCUUCAGAUGAAUGGAAAAUAUAGUGUGACUAAGUUUGUUGCAGAGCAUAACCAUGAAGUUAUCACACCAACAAAGGUACACAUGUUAAGGUCACACAGAGGCAUGACCGAUGCUCAAAAAGAUGAAGCGGAUAAUGCUGAUGGCUCGGGAAUAAAACCCAGGGAGGCUGUAGAAUAUUUUAGUAGACGAUCUGGAGGUCGAGAGAAUCUGGGUUUCCAAUCCAUUGGCUACAAAAAUUACUUGCGGAAAAAGAGAAUGAAAGUGAUGGAAAGGGGUGAUGCAGGGGCCGUUUUACAAUACUUUCAAAAAAUGCAAGCGGAUAAUCCAUCUUUUUUUUAUGCAAUACAAGUGGAUGAAGAUGAUCAGAUCACGAAUAUAUUCUGGGCAGAUGCGAUUUCAAUAAUGGACUAUAGUGUUUUUGGAGAUGUGGUUUGCUUUGAUACCACGUACAGAAUAAAUAGUUAUGGACGACCAUUUGCCCCAUUUAUUGGGGUGAAUCAUCAUAAGCAAACUAUAAUAUUUGGUGGGGCUUUGCUAUACGAUGAAACGAUUGAAUCUUUCAAGUGGUUGUUCGAAACAUUUUUUAGUGUCAUGUUUAGAAAACUACCAAUGACAAUCCUUACUGACCAAGAUGCUGCAAUGGCUAAUGCAAUAGCUUCAGUGAUGCCAGGAACAUAUCAUCGCCUAUGUAUUUGGCAUAUCUAUCAGAAUGCUGCCAAGCACCUUAGUCAUGUAUUUAAAGGUUCAACAAGUUUCGAACAUGAUUUGAAUAGAUGCAUAUAUGAUUAUGAGUACGAGGAAGAGUUUCUAACUGCAUGGAAUAACAUGAUUUUGAAGUACAAUUUAAUGGAUAACAAGUGGUUACAAAAUCUAUUUAAGGAAAAAGAAAAAUGA